ACAUUUUUGUUUGGGUAGAUUGGAAUAUUGAUGGUGGCGCUUAGCUUCCAACCAAUCCACAAGCCAUACACAGGGGGCUCAGCUUUUCCUGAUAGCUCUUGGUGCCGGCGGCAAUGGACUCGCCGGAGAAGCCUUACUCUUCGAUGCGGUAUUGCGGAGCCGUCGGGGCAGCCGGCACCGAUGGGGCAGAAAACAAAGUACAAGGAUGGGCUGUUUGAGAAGGCUUUCAUGACUCUGUUUGCUCGGAAAAUGGAGAAAUUUGCGGAUAAAAAAAAGGGUUCGCCGGCGAAAGGUUGGUUUGGGUAUGACUAUGAAAGCUUUGUGGAUGUGUCGAGAAGAGUAAUGCAAGGAAGGUCUCGGCCGCAGCAGCAAGAAGUGGUGCGUGAGGUGCUCCUGUCCAUGCUUCCUCCCGGCGCUCCGGCACAGUUCAAAAAGUUGUUUCCUCCAACAAAAUGGGCAGCAGAGUUCAAUGCUGCAGUAACAGUUCCUUUCUUCUACUGGUUAGUUGGACCUUCCGAGGUUGUGGAAGUGGAGGUGAAUGGAGUGAAACAAAAGAGUGGAGUUCUUAUAAAGAAAUGCAGAUACUUGGAGAAUAGUGGGUGUGUAGGAAUGUGUGUUAACAUGUGCAAAAUACCAACUCAAGACUUCUUCACCAACGAAUUUGGACUUCCAUUAACUAUGAAUCCAAAUUUUGAAGAUAUGAGUUGUGAGAUGGUGUAUGGCCAACCACCACCGCCCUAUGAACAAGAUCCAGUGGCCAAACAACCUUGUUUUGCUGACAUAUGCUCCAUGGCGAAACCCAGUUCCAGUGUCUGCCAUAAACUACAAGCUUAGCAAUAUGUUGUUAUGCUUAGCUUGCGACUCUGAUCUGCUCCAGGAAGCUAUACAGUUUACAGAGUGUAAAGUAUAAAAUAUACUAUUAGAUAUGGAAUAGGAUUGUGUAUGCAAAAGAUUUUUUAAAAGAUCGAGAGAGUGAGAGAAGAAAGAUUGUGUAUGCAAAAUUAUAAUCAUGAUAAAAAUGUUGCUCUCACUAGCUUGUUUGACAAUUGGCCGUUAGCGAAUUGGUUAGUGGAUUGUGUUAGUGUUUUGACUAA